AUGGCAGCCUCCAGACUCUACAACCAGCUCCAGCGCUCGCCCCCGAAUACCCGCUGGGGCCUGUAUGUUUAUCGCGCUACCUAUGAAGAUCAAAGCCUUUGGGAGAGGUAUAUGGAGUAUGUCCAUAAUGCUGUGUUAAGUCAUCUCCAGCCAUUCGAUGACAAAGAGCGCGAAAGCGACGCCUUGCGCUACCAAAAACUUCGCGACUCGUUUCGGCUUGUGAUUAGAGAAGAUAAGGCUUGGGAUAAUCUAACAUUAUUGCAAAUGCGAGAGAUCUUUGAUAGGUCUAGUCUUCUCAAUGUCAACGAACCAGAUCCUACAUCUUGGCUUACAUGCGGGAUGGAUCGAUGGUAUUUCGUUUACGUCAACAAAGAAACGCUUAUGGAUUUCCAAGCCAUCGAUGAUUCUCGACAAGCACCAACCCCUAACUACCUCAAGGAAGAGGUUACUUUUAUUAUCGUGCAUACACAGCCCGGCUGGCGCGAGCCUGACGAUGACGACGUAGGCAAAGAGUGGCAGUAUAUGUGUGGCUAUUGGUUUAGUCAAUUCUACGAGCUCACAUAUCGCGACAGCGAUGGAUGGUUUACUCUGUUUAUCAGGCCGCCCCAUAAAUGGAACGGCUAUUGA